AUGGAUCUGGUUACAGUCGGGUUGCGAGUUCGUGAACUAGCGAUUCCUGGUGCUCGAGCGAUGGAAGCCGGUCUGCAGCGUCAAGAGUACCGUGGUUAUGACUCAGCUGGUUUGGCUGUUGACGGUGACAAGGCUGGUGAGGUCGAGAUCUUCCGCUCUGUCGGUAAGGUCAAGGCUUUGGCUGAGGUCAUUAACAAUGCCAAGAUCAAUACUGAAAAGGUAUUUGACUGCCACGCUGGUAUUGCUCACACCAGAUGGGCUACUCACGGUCAACCCAAGACUGUCAACUGUCACCCUCAAAGAUCAGAUCCCAACAGUGAAUUCACUGUUGUACACAACGGUAUUAUUACCAAUUACAGAGAAAUCCGUGAAUUGUUGACUUCCAAGGGCUUCAAAUUCGAGUCUGAGACCGAUACUGAAGUCAUUGCCAAGUUCUUCAAAUAUAUUUAUGAUUCCAAUAAGCAACACAACCUUGAUUUCAGCCAGCUGGCCAAGUUGGUUAUUAUUGAGCUCGAGGGUGCUUAUGGUUUGUUGAUUAAGUCUAUUCACUAUCAAGACGAGGUUGUUGCUACCAGAAAGGGAUCUCCUUUGUUGGUUGGUGUUAAGACUGAGAAGAAGCUCAAGACCGAUUUCGUCGAUGUCGAGUUCCCUGAUACUUUAGAGGAGCUUAGCAGCGUGCCUGCUGAUGCUAACAGCAACAUUAACGGUACCGCCAACGGACUUCUCAUUCCUAAGGAUAACUUACGUCACUCUGUUUCCAGAGCAUUCAUGUCUGACGAAGGAAUCCCCAUGGCUGCUGAAUUCUUCCUUGCAUCUGAUCCUGCUGCUGUCGUUGAGCACACCAAGAAAGUCUUGUUCCUUGAGGACGACGAUAUUGCUCACAUUUACGAUGGUCAAUUGCACAUUCACCGUAGCAGCAACGAGGUUGGUGCUUCGACUAUCAGAUCUAUCCAGACUCUUGAAAUGGAACUGGCCGAGAUUAUGAAGGGUUCUUUUGACCACUUCAUGCAAAAGGAGAUCUUCGAGCAACCAGAGUCUGUCAUUAACACAAUGAGAGGUAGAGUUGAUUUUGAGACAAACACCAUCACUCUGGGUGGUCUACGAUCUUACCUGACUACAAUCCGCAGAUGCAGAAGACUGAUUAUGAUUGCCUGUGGUACCUCAUACCACUCGUGUUUGGCUACCAGAGCCAUUUUCGAGGAGUUGACCGAGAUUCCUGUCUCUGUUGAGCUGGCAUCUGAUUUCCUUGACCGCAGAUCGCCUGUUUUCCGUGACGAUACUGUUGUGUUUGUUUCACAAUCUGGUGAGACUGCUGAUACCAUUCUUGCUCUCCAAUACUGUUUGGACCGCGGUGCUCUUACUGUGGGUAUUGUUAACAGUGUCGGUUCGUCCAUUUCUCGUCAAACUCACUGUGGUGUCCACAUCAACGCCGGUCCUGAAAUCGGUGUAGCUUCUACUAAGGCAUACACUUCACAAUACAUUGCUCUCGUUAUGAUGGCCUUGUCACUAUCUGACGACAGUCUUUCUAAGAGUGCCCGUCGUCUUGAGAUCAUCGAGGGUUUGAAGAACAUUUCCGAGCAGAUUUCUAAGGUUCUUGAGCUCAACGACUCGAUUAAGACCAUGUGUGAUGAGACUCUUUCCGACCAGAAGUCGCUUCUUUUGCUUGGAAGAGGUUACCAACAUGCCACUGCCUUGGAAGGUGCUCUUAAGAUCAAGGAAAUCUCAUACAUGCACUCUGAGGGUGUUCUUGCUGGAGAACUUAAGCACGGUGUUCUUGCACUAGUCGACGAGAACCUUCCUAUUAUCGUCAUGGCCACUAGAGACUCGCUGUUCCCCAAGGUCAUGAGUGCCGUCCAACAAGUGGUGGCCCGUUCUGGUAACCCCAUCAUCAUCUGCAACCCUGGCGACAAGUUCGACCCCAAGUACAAGACCCUCGAGGUGCCAGCCACUGUCGACUGUUUGCAGGGACUGCUGAACGUGAUCCCACUGCAGCUCAUGAGCUACUGGCUCGCUGUCCGCAAGGGCAUCGACGUCGAUUUCCCCCGAAACCUGGCCAAGUCGGUCACCGUCGAGUAA